AAAUUGCUAAUUAUCUGCGUCGGCUUGCUCGGCGGUUCCGGCUCGGUGGCGGCAGUGUCAAGACUGGGGACAUGUCAUAAGUUCAGUGGUGCUGAUGUAGGAUGCUGCGCUAACAUCCUCCCUGACGGGUGCUGCUCUGGAUGCGCCCGGGUGAAC